AAAACAUUUGUUCAUAGUGCUGCGAGACAAAAUUUCUAUUUGCAAUGAUGAAGGGUUUCGUGGUUGGUUGUUUUCUUAUUCUAAAUGGAGUAAUUGGUCUUCAGUCGCUCGUAGAUGUCAAAGUCGAUGAAAAACCUGAAUUAUCCUCUGUAACAACAUCCAAUAAAGUAUCAAGCGUUUUACGUGACAUAUUAAACCAGGAGAGCCUGGUCAGGUUUUCUAUGGUACAAAAAAUCCAAGGUUUAGCAAUGGAUGCCAUAGACAAUAAAAACAAUAGUCAAGCCAUGAAAAGGAAGAUUGGUGACAUGAUGUCGGAAUUACAGGCUAGUGCAGAAAAUGACCGGAAAAUAGAGGUGGAGAAUUCUAAAUUCAAAGAAGAAUUAAGGACUAUCAAUGAAACAAACCAAAACCUAAAGGAAGACAACGUUAAGCUGAAUGAACAAAUAGCGGUAUUGAACAGGACGUUAAAAAACACAGUGACUGAAGAACAGUUUGACGUCUUUAAGAAGGAUUUCAACCUGCGUCUACAGAUGAUUGAUACAAAUUUACAGAACUUUACUCUAUCAAUUAACAAAACAGUGGAAAAUUUAAUUACAGAACAAAGAAAUGCAUCCACAGAUCCUUCUAGAGUUGGAAUCUAUUGUGAUUGUGAGGAAAUUCUGGAAAAAAAUCCGAAAUUUUUUGAGAUUGACGGUGUGUACGAUAUAGUUCCUGACAACAUAACUUCAGUCCGAGUCUACUGUGACAUGACCACAGACAGAGGAGGAUGGACGGUAAUACAGAGACGAUUUGACGGGAAAACAGAUUUUCAUCGCAAAUGGAAUGAUUAUAAGAAAGGAUUCGGAAACCCUGACAGAGAAUAUUGGCUAGGAAAUGACAAAAUCCACGCCUUGACCAACAAAAGAAACCAGGAACUGCAUAUUGACAUGGAGAAAUUCACUGGAUCCAUGGUGUAUGCUCGGUACUCACAUUUCUCUGUUGGGAGUGAAUCUUCUGAAUAUAGACUCUCCAUCAGUGACUACAGCGGAAAUGCAGGAGACAUGAUGAUACAAGCUUAUACCCUGAAUGGUAUGUCCUUCACAACAAAGGAUAGAGACAAUGACGGGAAUCGAGGAUAUAAUUGUGCAGUGAAGUAUCACACUGGUGGAUGGUGGUACAAUAGCUGUGCACACUCAGAUCUCAAUGGAGUUUAUCAACCGUCAAAUAACAGAAACGAGAGGGGUCUGUUCUGGGGAAUUAAUGAUGAAAACAUGAAGACUACUAAGAUGAUGGUCAGAUCUAAGAGAUGAGAAAAUAUUAUCAAUUCUGUGAAAUAAAUGACCAUUGUAAUUUUUAUGACAAUUUGCGUACAGUUUUUCCUAAUGUAAAUCCAUAUCGUGAUCCCAUCUUGAUAUUUAAAACAAACAUCAACUACGUAACAUCGGACGAAUACGGUCGCUCACCACAGAAGAUGCAUGCAAGACCCUAGUAUGUACCCUCGUGACAUCUCGGCUCGACUAUGUCAAUGCUCUUCUUUUCGGCAUUAACACAACCGACGUGGCAAAACUGCAGCGGAUACAAAAUAUGGCAGCACGAAUCAUCACUCGUACCAAGAAAAGUGAUCACAUAACUUCAGUGCUGAUUUCUUUACAUUGGCUUCCUAGUGACAGGCGCAGCCAAUACAAAAUUAUCCUCUACGCAAACAAGGUGAUUCAGAAGAUGGCACCAAAAUACUUGGAGGAGGUGAUCACUGUUUACCAACCGAAUCGUGAUCACUGUUUACCAACCGAAUCGUUCCCUAAGAUCUGAAAAUUCAUUGACAUUAGUUAGACCUAGAUGUCGAACCUCCACAUAUGGAAACAGGCAGCUACACUCUGGAAAUAUCUGCCUGAUACCCUCCGCCGUUGUAAGAAUUUGAACACUUUUAAAAAACUUUAGACUUGCAUAUUAUUAGUAUUAUAGGUGGUUAAAUCUUUAUGAUGUCUUUACCAUCAUUUUAACAUGACUUUUUCAAGUGUAUAAUUGUAUAUUUAUUUCAACUAUUGUAUUUUAUAUCAUUUGAUUGUAUGGCGUGGAACUUUUUUUCAUGCAUAUCAUUUUUUAAAUUUUAGUAAUUUUACUUCACAUUAUUGAUGUGUUUCUAGCAUUGUUUUGAUAUUAUCUGUCUUAAUGCUAUCAUAAUUUCCUUUUACCACGUUUAUAACAUGCUGUAUCAUUUUUAUUGUGUGCAGCGAUUUAGAGUGGUUAUUUAUAGUCAUAUAGAGCGCUAUAUAAAUAAAUAUUAUUAUUAAAUAAUGAGGCAAGAUUUAAUCUCCCAUGAAAGCAUGAAACUGCGUUUACGUUAAAAUUAGGCCUCUACAAUGCAAACCCACACGUUUAAUUAGAUAGUAAUGGAGUGUAUGUUUGAGAGGCGAAUUGGAAUGUCUAAUUCUUUAUACAUUCUUACAACGUGGUUAUACGAUAUUUCCAACCAAGGGGCUGGGUCUGACACAACGUUAAUGUUUCCUUUUCUUAUUUUUAUAUAUCAGUCUGCAUAUAUUUUAUAUCUAAAUAUUAGCCUAAAUAAGAGUGACACGAUCACCCGCUGCUUGACCAAUAAGAUCCUAAUAUCUAAUAUUAAAGGUGAAGAUCGAUUGUUUUGCUGUUUUCCGCCACACUUAACAAUUUUUCAGUUACCUGGUGGUGCCCAAUUUUUAUUGGUGGAAGAGAGAACCCAGAUACAAUGUACCUGGAAAGAGACCACCGACCUUCCAAAAGUUAACUGGGAAACUUUCUCACCGGCGCGAGCGGGUUUCGAACCCGCGCCGACCAGAGGUGAGAGGCCGUGUAAAUUUGAGUGCGAUGCUCUAACUACUCUGCCACGGAGGAUCAAUAUACAUUUUAACAGGACACGCUACUGCACAAUCUUUAGAAAUUAACAUUUCAUUUUUCUGCCGAAACUUGUCUGUUUUACUUUUCCGAAUCAAUAACAGUAACUAAUCUGCAAACAUUCUAACCUCCUCAAAAUUAGGGGAGCCGAUUUCAUUAAUGGCUGAAAUAUUGCCGAAAAGGCGUAAAACUAUAAUCAAUCAAUGAAAAACCCCGGUUAAACGAAACAGACUCACUAACACGGUUUUUACUAUCUAUAGGUCUUUAAAGUCUACUAAUCUAUUACAGAACAAAAAUGUCUUUUGAAAAGAGUUCUUCUCUACGGUGUUAGACGAUUUCCUUCUGGCAGCUGUCUGUAAUAAACACAGAAAUGAAUUAUGUCCGGUAAUCCAAUCACCCAUGUACCCAUUUGAUUUAACACAUUGCACAAUUUAAGAGUGAAUCGUAGUUCCGUUUGUCAGUAAUAUGUUGAAUAUAGAACAAAAUACAUUUGUAAAUUGAACUCGCAGGUAAUAAAAGCAGUAUUUGUGCUGUCACUUUUACUAGACUGUAGAAAAAAUUAACCGUGGAUGUAAAUCAGCAUGACAAGGUUAAACACAACAUUCCUUGCCAGUUCAUUUAGAUUGUCUUGUACUAGUCCUGUGAAUAGAUGUUAAAAAUGAUAAUUUUAUCCCAAUGAAUAUCAUGGUAGACAGUAAUCCCCAUUUUCCCCAACAUUCCAAUUAAUGAAAGGUGAAGAUAACGAUUAAUGAUCAAUCACAUAACUCCUUUAAUAAUACAAAAUGGAGAGUUGAGCAAACGCGGACCCCUGGAUAUAUGAUAGGUGGGGUCAGGUGCCUAAGAGGAUUUCCUUGGCAAAAAGGGGGUUCGAUUUUGUACUAUUGAAUUAUCGAUUUAAACAUGGUUUGAAUAAUCCCUUCAUUGUUAAUCAAUCUGAGCUCCACUCUGGAAACACCAAAGUACAUAUGUAAUCUUGGAUUUCAAUUUUCGUCUAACAUUUGGUAUCAAUCUAAGAGGUGGAACAACCAUCGUAAGACCAAACUGAUGCAGGGUCUACCCCACUUGUAUCUUCACACCACUAAUUUUAGUAGAAUACUGGAAGAUUUCUAUAGUAAUCACUUGUAAGUCUGUAAGUUGUGAGGACUCCAUCUUUUGUCAAAAUAACAAAAUGCACCCUGCUUGGUCGACAAUUACUGAACUUGUAAACUGUAUUUACUGAUCUCAGAAUUCAUUUGCAUUUCACAGUUAAAUUGUUUUCCUUGCAAAAAUAAUGUAGUGUAUCUUCUGUAUACUCCAAACUAUUAAAAUGCAUUCAAAAUUAUGUCGACUUGGUUUAAGAAUUCCAACCGGAUCUACUUGAUAUGCAAACUUGUAGAUAUCUUCCCGUCCUUGCUCUGGAGCUGACAUCUACAUGUAGUACAAACACAACCUGUGUCGACAUCAACUGACGAAAUACUAAUCAUACAUCCCUGCUACUGCCCUGGGCGCUCAGCAUAUGUCCAACUUUGUGAUACUGCACCUACAGCUGGGGGCAUCUCAAUACGAUUGAA